UCGCGUGUUUAUGACGUCAGGUAACGCGGAAGUGAGUGAAGAAGCGUGUUUUUCUAAAGGGAGGCUACCGUUAUCCACACUAUCAAUCAUAAUAAUAACCAUAAGUCAUUAGAUCUUCAGAAAUACUUGAUCCAUCUGACAUGGGGCCUACAGCAGAGGGGGCGAGCGGGGCCAACCGGCUGGUGUGGGACCGGACCCCGGAGCAGAUCCAGGCCCUGGCCGCUGAGCUCAUCUCCCAGACCAAGCGCGUGUACGACGCCGUGGGGGCGCUGGAGCUGGACGCCGUCACCCGGGGCAACACGCUGAAGGCCCUGGCGGACGUGGAGGUGGAGUACACAGUCCAGAGGAACAUGCUGGACUUCCCGCAGCACGUCUCCUCCUGCAAGGAGGUGCGUUCCUCCAGCACCGAGGCGGACAAGAAGCUGUCGGAGUUCGACGUGGAGAUGAGCAUGAGGGAGGACGUCUACCUCAGGAUCGUAGCGCUGGAGCAGAAGCUGGAGGCGGAGGCCUUGGAUCCAGAGUCCAGAAGGUUCCUGGAGCGUCUGAUCAAACUGGGCCAGAGGAACGGCCUCCACCUGCCCAAGGAGACCCAGGAGGAGAUCAAGAGCAUCAAGAAGGAGCUGAGCAACCUGAGCAUCGACUUCAGCAAAAACCUGAACGAGGACACCACCCGCCUGGGCUUCACCCGCGAGCAGCUCGGCGGCCUCCCAGAGGACUUCCUGGGCUCUCUGGAGGUGGAGGGCGCCAUGCUUCAGGUCUCUCUGAAGUACCCGCACUACUUCCCCACCAUGAAGAAGUGCUGGAACCCCGAGACCCGCAAGGCCCUGGAGAACGCCUUCAACUCCCGCUGUCAGCAGGAGAACUCGUCCAUCCUGAAGCAGCUGGUGUCGCUGCGCGGCCAGAAGAGCGCGCUGCUGGGCUUCAGUACGCACGCAGACUUUGUGCUGGAGAUGAACAUGGCCAAGUCCGGGCAGAAGGUGGCCGGCUUCCUUGAGGACCUGGGCCGUAAGCUGAGGCUGCUGGGCGAGGAGGAACGGGCGGUGCUACUGCAGCUGAAGGAGAAGGAGUGUGAGAAGAGGGGGCUGGCCUUCGACGGACAGCUGCACGCCUGGGACACGCGCUACUACAUGACCCAGGUGGAGGAGCUGCACUACGCGGUGGACCAGAACCAGCUGAAGGAGUACUUCCCGAUGGAGGUGGUUACGGAGGGCCUGCUGGCCAUCUACCAGGAGCUGCUGGGGCUCUCCUUCCAGCUGGUGGCUGGCGCCCCCGUCUGGCACCCCGACGUCACCCUCUACUCCGUCACCGACCGCGCCUCCUCCGCCCUGGUGGGCCAGUUCUACCUGGACCUCUUCCCCAGGGAGGGGAAGUACGGGCACGCCGCGUGCUUCGGCCUGCAGCCCGGCUGCCUGCUCCCGGACGGAUCGCGGCAGAUGUCGGUGGCGGCCAUGGUGGCCAACUUCAGCAAGCCCACUGCGGCCGGCCCCAGCCUGCUGCAGCACGACGAGGUCGAGACCUACUUCCACGAGUUCGGACACGUCAUGCACCAGCUCUGUGCUCAGGCGGACUACGCCAUGUUCAGCGGGACCCACGUGGAGCGGGACUUCGUGGAGGCGCCGUCCCAGAUGCUUGAGAACUGGGUGUGGGAGGCGGAGCCUCUGAGGAGGAUGUCGCGCCACUACAAGACAGGAAGUCCCAUCCCCGACGUUCUAUUGGACAAACUCAUCAAGUCCCGCCUCGCAAACACUGGUAUGAUUAACCUGAGGCAGAUCGUGCUGGCCAAGGUGGACCAGGCCCUCCACACCCGGCCCGGCCUGGAGCCUGCAGACGAGUACAGCCGCCUGUCGGCUGAGAUCCUGGGGGUCCCUGCCUCGCCAGGGACCAACAUGCCGGCGACCUUCGGCCACCUGGCCGGGGGCUAUGACGCCCAGUAUUACGGCUACCUGUGGAGCGAGGUCUUCUCCAUGGACAUGUUCUACAGCCGCUUCAAACAGGAGGGCGUCAUGGAGCCCAAGGUGGGUAUGGACUACAGGAAGUGUAUUCUGCAGCCUGGCGGCUCAUUGGACGCCUCAGAGAUGCUCCGGAAGUUUUUGGGGCGUGAACCAAAACCGGAAGCCUUCCUGCUGAGUAAAGGGCUAGGCCCCGCCCCCUGCCCCUGCUGACCAAUCACAGCCCGCUAAGGAGGAAAUGACUCGCUGUAGAAAAUACAAUGUCUUGGUGAAAAAAUAUCAAUAAAUAAAUGAGUGCACCUUGA